AUGCAGUUUCGACACCCUCUUCUGUAUCCCGCCUUGGCCAUCAUUUUGGCGGUGCCGUGGACCCGCGCAGCCUCGGGCUCUGAACAAGAAGUCCUCGUCCAGGGAAGCGCCGUCAUUGAGGAUGGCUGUGCCAUCAACAAUAGCACUGCCACCUUGCUGGCUGAUGUCGGCCUCUCAGACGUCCCGUGCGAGGCGGCCACGCACAUAUCGACCCUCCUCGAAUCGGCUUCGGCCUGUCCCCCCAUGAGCUCCAACGAGAAUGGCGAGCCUCCCUGCAACACGGACCACGAGCGCGCCGAGCUAGCAUGCGCUCUGGCGCGGCUGGCCCUGCAGCCCGCCGAGCUGACGGUCCGCGACGCCGAAAGCCCCUUCUACGACGACGACGUGCGGGUCAACUGGUCCACCGACUGCCACCUCCACCCCACCUGCAUCCUCUCCCCCCUCAGCACAUCCCAAACCUCCACCCUCGCCCUCAUCCUCUCCCGCACCCACACCCCCUUCGCCCUCCGCUCCGGCGGCCACAACCCCAACCCGGGCUUCGCCUCCAUCGCCGCGCCCGGCAUCCUCAUCUCCACCGCCCGCCUCACCUCCAUCUCCCUCUCCCCCGACUCUUCCACCGCCACCGUCGGCCCGGGGAACAGGUGGUUGGACGUGUACGCGGCGCUGGAGGGGACGGGGCGGACGGUGUUGGGCGGGAGGACGCCGGAUGUGGGGGUGGGCGGGUUGUUGGUCGGGUGCGGGAUCCCGAAUUUUGCGGGGAGUUGGGGGUUGGCGUGUGGGCGGGUGAGGGGGGCGGAGGUGGUGUUGGGGGAUGGGAGGGUGGUGUGGGCGGGGGGGGAGGAGGAGGGCGGGGAGCGGGAGGGCGGGUUGCUUUGGGGGUUGAGGGGGGGUGGGGCGAAUUUUGGAAUCGUCACGGCGUACGAGCUCGAGACGCUGCCGAUGGAGCACAUCUGGUACGAGUCGCGCAUCUACGGUCCAGAGCAGAGCAGGCGCUUGUUGAAGGCGGUGCGCCAGUACCAGGAGGCUGCCGAGGAGGACCCUCGGUCGUCGUUCGCCUUCAGUCUGUCCAACAACCACACCAUCGUUGCCUGGAUCUACUCGGAGCCCGUCGAGCGCCCCGACGUCUUCAGCAUGUUUUACGACAUCCCUUUUGAGCGCCACUUCAUUGAGCCCUCGCUGGGUACCCCCUACACGCUUGCGAAGGCGUUUGAGACCGUCUUGGGAGAUAGACCCGCCUUCAAGAGAGACAUCAUCGCCGUCUCGACCAAGCCCGACCUCUCGCUGUAUGAGGAGGCGUACGAGGCGUGGUUGGACAUCUCGCAGGAGAUGAUGUCCAAAUUCGACUGCAUGAUGACGUUCGGCAUCCAGCCCGUGACCUCUUCUACGGUCAAGAUAACAAACCGCAAAAGCAACCCACUGAACCUGUCGCCUGAGAGCCAGCAGUGGUUCACUUCGGUCAUCCAGUGGCAGGACGACAGCGCCGAUGCCCUUGCUCACGAAGCCGUGCAUAGGAGCGGCGGCGCGAUGCGUGAUAUUGCCCGCCGCAAGGGGCUCCUGCUCGACUUCGUCUUCCUUAACGAUGCCACUUGGGACCAGAGUCCGUUGGCCAGCUACGGUUCUGCGAACCUGGAGAAAUUGCGUGAACUCAGUCAGCGCUACGACCCCCUUCGGGUAUUCCAAAAGCUUCAGGGUAAUGGCUUCUUACUGGACAAAGCAUGA